AUGACCAUCUUUGACAAGAUCUCUGGAUUCGCCCAAAAGGCAAAGGAAAAUGCAUUAUCGAGAGCGGUGCUGGCAAAAGACAAGCGUCUCGACAAGUCAAUGUCGGAAUCGAUCGAGGCAGCUCAUAUCGGGUUAUUAAAGAUGGCCACCUUUGGUGUCUCGGGUACGGUCUCAGCCGUAGCAUUUGAUCCUGUUGCAGGGUUGCUUGCUGUGGGCGGAGGCUUUGAGCAAGACACGUUCAUCCGGUUAUUCGGAAGAGGGAUCUCGGCCGAGUUGGUUCUCAACAACCCUACACGUAUCAAGUAUCUUCAGUUCAAGAUUGGAUAUCCUAUCUUGGUGGCAGUGGAUUCGAAGAAUGUCAUCACCACCUAUGAUCUCAAGACCAAACGAGCAAAGCACGUGGUUACAACACCUUCCAUCAUUACAGCUCUUGAAUACUGCGCCGGUACCGAUUGGCUCUUUGUUGGAUUUGCUGAUGGCAAUGUGGAUGUAUUUGAUAUCACCAAAGGUCGAUUUUCGGAAGAGUACGGCAUCCCUGAUUUAUUACUCGAAGAGGCAACACGAUCGAAUCAGGAUCCACCAUCAACAACAAAGACCAGCAGCUUAGUGGUGGCCCUUCAAAUGCAUCCAACGGAUCUCAGCAUGAUACUCAUUGGAUACGAAUCAGCUGUUUAUCUUUGGAAUAUUCGUGAACAAACCAUCAAGAAACGGUUCUCGGUUCAGCAGCCAUCGCAGUUGACUUGUUUGGCAUGGAGUCCUUGUGGAAAUCGGUUCAUGGCCGGGUAUGAUGAUGGAUACAUGCGACUUUGGGAUACGCGCUCCGAUCAUAAACCGGUAUUGACAAGAAGAGCGUUUCAUGCAAGUCCCUCUACAUCACCUUCAGCGGAUCCUUGUGAACCUAUUUACCGGAUGGUGUGGUAUGUGGAUGAUACAUCCAAGAGAUCAUUUCUUGUGGUGGCAGGUGGAUCGGAUCUUCCUGAUAUUCGAGGAUUGCAUAUUAUGGAAUUUGAUAUUGAAAGCGACCAACGGGAUGCUCGACGACAAACCAUUUUAUCAACUUCCGUGGAUGUAUCAGACUUUAUUUUGCUCAGCCGAGACCCUUUCUUCCUUGGAAUGAAUAAUCCGCUAGGCCUCUUGGUGGUGGGUUGUGAUGGUGCCAUACGUGCUUUUGGUCUUGGUCAUGGAUAUCCACAGCUUACCUUGCCAUCAGCUCUUCAAUUUCUUGAUCCACCCGUUUCAAAUGCAUAUCAUUAUACUCAGCUACCAGAGUCAACAUUUCAACGGAUAAACGCCAUGGAUCAAAUCAACAUGCCACCUACUCAUUAUCUCCCUCUCACAGGAGGUGUUGCUGGCACUGGUCACGUGUAUCGCCUUGACUCGAACGAUUUGCUCAUUACCAUUCAUGCCCAUCGUAUCAUUCAUAUUUGGGAUGCAUCUUUUACUUCGCUGCGACCAUUGACUCAUCUCACCAUCGAUUGUAUUGAGGAUAUCCAAAAAGACUCAAAAGCAAAGAUCAUCAAAGUGGAUUUCGACACUCAAUCAGCAUCCUUGUUUGUUGUCCUUGACAAUGGGACAGUCUUACAAUAUACCCAUCAUCCACCACGUGACAGCCAACAUCAACUUUCUCAAACGACACAAGAAGCAUUCAUCAAGAAUUGUGACAAUACAAUCGAAGAGAUCUCUGAACUUCUCAAAGAUAUGGAAAGUGAGGAACCUGCCAAUGCUGGGAAGGAUGAUGAACAUACCGCAGCUACGGAUGAGCCGAGCAAUGAUGAUAACGUCACCCAGCAACCUGCCACCACAACCAUCACCACAACAACAGAGGGUACAACACAAGGGCAACCACAACAAGAGGCCGAAGCAUCAUCACCACCUCCACAUGGUCCUGAAUCAAUCGCAACACCCACGCCUGAUAUUCAGCUAUUGGAAGGCGACAUCAACCCACCUUGUUUUGCCCCUGCUAUGCGAAUCAAGUUUGAUGCUUCUGUUAAACAACUUGUCGCUGCUGGUGGAGAUAUGUUGGCUGUGGCUACGGCGGAUGGAAAGGUGUUUGUCAUCAAUACGUUGUUUGGACGUACGGUAUAUACCGCCGAUAUACAAGCUGAAGCGGAGCAUCAAGAAGACGCACCCAAAGAGGAAGACAAUGAAGAACACCAUCAAAAACAAAAGCAAACGAGCACGGCAUCUAUAUCAUGCAUUCGCUUUUAUAGGACAUACGCUUCAUUGGAGAGCACUGAGCCAAGUUUACAGCUCUUUGUUGGUUUGGACAAUGGACUUGUAUACCAGCACGAUAUCAGUUCCCCUGAUAAACCGCCUAUUCUUAUCAGCAACAAUUCGACCUCAGCAGUGAUCGAUACGCAUGUCUUUGAUAUCCAAGGAGUGUUACAAACAACAGCAAAAGCAGAAGCGCCACCAAGUGAUCCUGAGCCAAAGGAACAAGAGGGGCAAGCUAUGGAAUCACAUCCAUCGACCUCGACAACUUCACCAGAGGAAGAGAGUUUGGCCGCUGGACGUAAAUCUCAUGAAUCGGGUGCCAGCUUGAGCAAAGACGAGGAUGGUGCUAGUAGCAAGAGUGAGAAAUCCAGUGGAUCCAUGGGCUUACUUCGUCGAACAACACGUAAGCUUUCGAAAUCAAGUGCACGAGCCAACAAAGAACCACCUCCACCUCCACCUCCUUUGCCUACAGAAGACGCUUCUCCUCCAUCAGCAUCCACGGUUGAGUCUCAAAGUGCUGAAUCAACAACACAACAUACCAAACGAGCGCCACACGCAUCCAAAUGGGAAUACAGACCUCAACCUCAUCCUCAUUUUAUUGUCGUAUCAACAUCCAGGAAUGUUGCAACAAUCUUAUCAGGCUACAACAUUCGCCUUUUCACAGCACAUCUUCAUGAUAUUGAUGGAUGCAGUAAUGAGGAUAUGAUCAUACACAGCCAGGUGAUGGUGGUUAAGAAUGUGGGUGCAUGCCUUGCUGUAGUACUACAGAGUGGUGCCAUUAUCUACUAUUCUCUGCCUCAUCUCCUUCCUAUUGCCCGGAUCAGUUUACCCGAGGAGUUGGCUGCUAGAGAUUUGCUUGAUAACAUGUCAUUGAGCACGGAUGGUCGUAUUGUGGCGUGGACAGGUCUUUGUGAGCUGGAGCAAUACCUUUCAUUGUUACAAAAUUCAAUAUCCUGUGGUGAAGAUGUCAUGCUUUUCGAUCCCAGUAGGCGGAUACCACCCCAUCCUACAGCAGCGAUAACCACACAAAAACCCAAAAAGUCAUGGCUUGAGUCUGUACAAGGAGCGUUUCAAAAAGGCCCAUUCACUGUGGCUGAAAUGGAUACUUUGAUGGGUAAAAGGCCCAUAUUAGGCGCACCUGGCAAAGCAAAGUCGAACGAGGAGCAGCAGCGGCAGCAGCGUCCAUCCAAUGCCGAGGGAAGUAGCAGCGGUGGUGUUGGUGGUGUUUUCCAAGAGCUGAGCCAAAAGAUGAAUGAACGUGGUGAGAAGCUUGACCAGCUGCAAAACAAAUUCGAAGAUAUGAGUGCACAAUCAGGCGACUUUUUGAAGGCAGUGCGUGAAUACAAUGAACGACAAGCACGGAAAAAGUGGUGGGAGUUUUAA